UAGCAAUAACUUUCACAAUUUGACAAAUAUAGCCACUUUUUGAAAAAUACACUGAUAUAGCCACAUUAUGAAAACUCGUUUGACAUAAUUAACUAUUUUCGUUAAAAGUUUUAACACCGUUAACAUGACACUGACGCGGAUGGCACCUGAGCUUCCACAUCAGCUCCAACACACCAAAUCAUGCCACCUAACUGCCACAUCAUAUUUAAAUUAAAUAAAUUACAAUUUUAUCUUUCUUUUUUCACUUUCCUCCUCGAGCUCUCCUUCUUCCAUCUUUUCCCUUCCCCAUCGGCGGCCUCAUCGUCCCCCGUCGGCGCCACCAAAGCUUCUCCACUGCACUCAAAUCAAAUCCGAAGUUUCGCUAAGGUGAUCUCUUGAUAACCUCAAUAAAUCUUAAUUGAUCUCCAAAUCUCCAUCCCAUUUUUGAUAUUGACAAGUUUGAAACUGGGUUCGUCUCCGACUUUGUUCAUCUUUCCCCCUUUUCUUCCUGUAGACGAAGCUCGAUGAAGAUGAGCCGCCCGUGGAAGGUCUAAGAUGUAGCUCGAUGACCUCGCCCCAAUUAGAACUUCGACCACCAAAUCGAAUAAAUCUCCGCCCUCUCCAAUGCAUUCACAUCUUCCCUAAAUCCCCGAUCUGUCCUUUUCUAUUGUUGAUGUCGUUGUUCUCCCCAACCUCAUUCUCUCCCGUCUCUCCCUCCUCUCCUCGCUCUCCAACUCCUCAUCCCCACCACUGAUACGGUUGUGGCCACCACCAACACCGCCGUCAGCAUCUGUAUUUUCCUCCUUUUCUUCCUUCCCAUACCCUAAUCUCAGGAUCCGACCACCUAGAUUGGUACCCAACAUCUCGAAAUUGGGGAGAGGGAUAGACAAAUCGGAGGAGAGGGAGAGGAGCAUAGUCAUUAGAGAGGGAGACAAGUAAAUCAGGUGGAUGAGGGAUUGUUGGGAGGGUUGGCUCUCACUCUAUCUUUAGUCGAUCUCUCGAAACCCCAUCUCCCCCAAUUCUCUGAAUAUUCCUCUGAUGGCUCUGAUUUACUCUGCUCUGGGCUUGUUUCUCGUUAGUGCGAUUCAGGGGAAGCUCGACAGAAUAGGGUAAAUAAGUUGUGAAAGGAUGUGAUUUGAUAUUUUGGGAUUUUCAAUGGCCGUUGAAAGGAUUAGAGAACCAGUUCCAUGUCGCAGCUCCUCCUCUUCCUUCGAGUUUGCUGAUGAUGACGGCGGAGAGGAAGAAACGAGAAAGAAAACCAGGAAGAGGGAAGGGUUUUGCGAGGAAAGUGAUUGAUUUUUCUCUCCCUUUUUACUUUUUUUUUUAAAUUUCUUUAUUUAUUAAUUAAUAGUAAUAUGAAUGUUUUCCACGUGGCAAGGACGCAAAUUAAAACACGCCACAUCAGCCGCUGCCGUUAGUCCAGUCAGCGAGUUAAGUGAUCCGUCAAAGAAUUGGACGGAAUUGGCUAUAUCUGUGUGUUUUUCAAAAAGUGGCUAUAUUUGUCAAAAUCGUGAAAGUUAUGGCUAUGCAGGUGAAUUAAACCUAAUUUAUAAAUAAGAAAUCAAUUUUAAUUGAUAAAGGGUGUUUUGAAGUAAAAAAAUAGAAUUGUUGUAAGAACUCCAAAAUUAAACGUGCUCGUUGUGGAGCAAUACAAUAAUUAUUGUUUCUUCUAUUGAUUUAUUGUAUCUAUAUUCCAUAACCUUAAGCAUGAAUGAAUGAACAAUGGCAACAACCAAGAUCCCUUUUUGAGGUCUUGUUCUUGUUUUCUUAUUUCAAAGUGGGGAUCAAUAAUUGGCAUUUUGGUUCUUGGUGCCACCACUAUUUACAUAAACAGCAGGGGCACCGACACUUUCAUAAUUCAUAUACCACGGAUUCAAAGGAGAAAGCCCCAGACAUAAUAUUGAAUUUAAUAACAUUCAACAAAAAAAAAAUAUUUAAUAACAUAAAUAUUUAACUACCACACAAAUAAAAAAAAAUAGAAAUUUGGAGAGAGAGAGAGAUAGAACACAGAGAGAGAGAGAGAGAGAGUUGGAGACAGGACACAGCCCAACAGCUGUUGCGCGGCAGACACUGAGAUGAGAGAGAGAGACAGGGCCACCGUCACAUUCUGGGACCCACUUCUUAUUUCUGUUCUGUUCUUCUUUUCUUUCCAUUUUUUUCCCUCACUCUCUAAUGAAUUAAAUUAAGCAUAAUCCUUGUUGAUUAAUCCAGGAAUGAUUCAUGAAACCUACUGAGGAUAGAUUAAUUAGGUUAUAAGAACAUAGACAGACAAGAUUUAACUAGCUUCAAUUACUUCACUAAUGAGAUUAUACUAUCAAAAUGUAUAAUUCGUUAUAAGUCACAUUUUGAGUCGUUGGGAAGCAUAAGCAUAUUACACACAAUUUAUCAAUUCUCUUUGUCGAACUAUUAUAAUUAAUAUAAUUUUGCAAAUUGGUCUUUAAUUUUGCAAAUUGAAUAUUAAGAAUUUGUGGGAAAUUCUAAAUUGUUUCCUUUUUUUCCUCUUAAUUUGUUUUUUUUUUUGGCGUUCGCUAGCUCUCAUUACUUGUAUACACUGCUAGUACCUAUCUGGAUCUACCUGUCUCCCUUCUCUGCCUCUCCUCUCCUCCUUCCUUCUUCUUCCCUUCAUCCCUCUCUCUCUCUCUCUCUCUCUCUCUCUCUCAUAAACCCCCACGCACAUUCUCUCUCAAUCUCCCAUCUUCAAUCUCUCAGCUGCUGGGGAGAAAGAGAGCGACUUUGGGGUUUCGCCCUUACUGUCUGUCUCUCUGUGCACUCGGGGCGAUUAUUGAUUCAAUUAGCGGGAAUACUCUGUCUAGCUAAUGCGGGUUUUGGAGUUUGAGAUGCAAAGCUCGAAGCUUUUCUCCCUGAGCACGUUGACUAAUCUGUUCUAAGCGGCGGAAUUCGUUUCCUUUCCCCGCGUGGGAUUCAUCGGGGGGUUUUUUUUUUUUUGUAAAGGAGUUGUUGAAGCUAAACCAAAUGAACACUGGAGGGCGGCUGAUUGCUGGUUCUCACAACAGGAAUGAGUUCGUGCUCAUUAAUGCAGAUGAGAAUGCCAGAAUUCGGUCCGUGCAAGAAUUGAGCGGGCAGGUUUGCCAGAUAUGCGGUGAUGAGAUCGAGAUCACUGUGGAUGGGGAGCUAUUUGUUGCUUGCAAUGAAUGUGCUUUCCCUGUCUGCAGGCCUUGCUACGAAUACGAGAGAAGAGAGGGGACUCAGGCUUGCCCUCAAUGCAGAACGAGAUACAAACGGCUUAAGGGUAGUCCCAGGGUGGAAGGGGAUGAGGAAGAAGACGACAUUGAUGAUUUGGAACACGAGUUUGAUUUCGAAGGGUUGAGUCCUGAACAAGUCGCAGAGUUAAUGCUUGCUGCACGUCUCAACACUGGCCGUGGAUCACAUCUUUAUGGAAAUGGCAUUUCUACGGAUCUGGAUUCUUCACCCCCUGGUGCUAAAGUUCCUCUCUUGACCUAUGGCGAGGAGGAUGCUGAUAUUUCCUCGGAUAGACAUGCUCUUAUAGUUCCACCGCAUAUGGGUCAUCAUGCCAACCGAGUCCAUCCAGUGCCUUACUCCGAUCCAUCUAUACCUUUGCAACCAAGACCCAUGGUUCCUCAGAAGGAUAUAGCAGUCUAUGGCUAUGGAAGUGUAGCAUGGAAGGACCGAAUGGAGGAAUGGAAGAGAAGGCAGAGUGACAAACUUCAGGUGGUCAAGCAUGAAGGAGCAAAUGACGGGGGAAGCUUUGAUGGAAAUGAACUCGACGAUCCUGAUUUGCCAAUGAUGGAUGAGGGCAGGCAGCCGCUGUCGAGGAAGCUACCGAUUCCUUCUAGCAAGAUAAGUCCGUACCGUCUGGUCAUCAUUGUCCGACUUGCUGUUGUAGGCUUGUUCUUCCACUACCGUAUUCUCCACCCGGUCAAGGAUGCCUAUGCUUUAUGGCUGACAUCAGUUAUUUGUGAGAUAUGGUUUGCUGUAUCUUGGAUUCUCGACCAGUUCCCCAAAUGGUGCCCUAUAGAACGAGAGACAUAUCUCGAUCGACUCUCACUUAGGUACGAGAAAGAAGGCAAACCGUCGGAGUUAGCCAGUGUCGAUGUCUUUGUCAGUACAGUGGACCCCUUGAAAGAACCUCCACUCAUCACAGCAAACACUGUUCUCUCCAUUCUCGCGGUUGACUACCCUGUUGAAAAAGUUGCAUGCUAUGUUUCUGAUGAUGGGGCUGCUAUGCUUACAUUUGAGGCGCUUUCGGAGACGGCCGAAUUUGCUAGGAAGUGGGUUCCUUUCUGUAAGAAGUUCAAUAUUGAGCCUCGAGCUCCCGAGUGGUACUUUUGUCAGAAGAUGGAUUACUUGAAGAACAAAGUCCAUCCGUCUUUUGUUAGGGAAAGGCGUGCUAUGAAGAGAGACUAUGAAGAAUUUAAGGUUAGGAUAAAUGGGUUGGUUUCAACAGCGCUGAAGGUUCCAGAAGAUGGUUGGACAAUGCAAGAUGGAACUCCAUGGCCCGGGAACAGUGUGCGGGACCAUCCUGGCAUGAUUCAGGUAUUCCUCGGCCAAAGUGGUGUUCGUGAUGUUGAAGGAAAUGAGCUACCCCGUUUAGUCUACGUCUCUCGUGAGAAAAGACCUGGGUUUGAACAUCAUAAAAAGGCUGGAGCAAUGAAUGCACUGGUACGAGUUUCAGCAGUUCUGUCGAAUGCUCCCUAUCUUCUGAAUGUCGAUUGUGAUCACUACAUUAACAACAGCAAAGCACUCAGAGAAGCAAUGUGCUUCAUGAUGGACCCUACGUCGGGGAAGAAAGUUUGCUAUGUACAGUUCCCACAAAGAUUUGAUGGCAUUGAUCGUCACGAUCGAUACUCCAAUAGGAAUGUAGUCUUCUUCGAUAUCAACAUGAAAGGGUUGGAUGGUUUACAAGGACCGAUUUAUGUGGGUACUGGGUGUGUUUUCCGGAGACACGCACUAUAUGGAUAUGAUGCACCUGUUACAAAGAAGCCACCUGGAAAAACUUGCAACUGCUGGCCAAAAUGGUGCUGUCUUUUCUGCGGGUCCAGAAAGAAGAAGUCAUUGAAGGCUAAGGACAACAAGAAAUCAAAGAAUAGGGAAACAUCAAAGCAGAUCCAUGCUCUUGAAAAUAUUGAACAAGGAAUAGUUGAAUCAAAGCCAGUGAAGUCGCCAGUGCAAUCUCAAACCAAAUUAGAGAAGAGGUUCGGACAGUCUCCGGUGUUCAUUGCCGCAACACUGUUGGAAAAUGGUGGAGUUCCUAGGAAUGCAAGCCCAGCUUCCUUACUCCGGGAGGCGAUCCAAGUCAUCAGCUGUGGGUACGAGGAUAAAAGCGAUUGGGGCAAAGAAGUCGGCUGGAUUUAUGGUUCAGUUACGGAAGAUAUCUUGACUGGGUUCAAGAUGCAUUGCCACGGUUGGAGAUCGGUCUACUGCAUCCCGAAAAGGCCUGCGUUCAAAGGUUCAGCUCCUAUCAAUCUGUCAGAUCGUCUGCAUCAAGUUCUUCGGUGGGCUCUUGGAUCGGUGGAGAUUUUCUUCAGCAGACAUUGUCCAAUUUGGUAUGGAUAUGGUGGCGGCCUGAAGUGGUUGGAGCGGUUUUCGUACAUAAACUCGGUUGUCUAUCCUUGGACAUCCCUUCCACUGCUGGUUUACUGUACCUUGCCAGCCAUCUGCCUUCUCACUGGGAAGUUCAUUGUGCCUGAGAUUAGCAACUAUGCCAGUAUCGUCUUCAUGGCCCUUUUCAUAUCCAUCGCCGUGACGAGCAUCCUCGAGAUGCAAUGGGGCGGAGUAGGCCUUGACGACUUGUGGAGGAACGAGCAGUUUUGGGUGAUCGGAGGAGUCUCCUCUCACCUCUUUGCUCUCUUCCAAGGUCUCCUCAAGGUCUUAGCCGGAGUGAGCACAAACUUCACCGUCACAUCAAAGGCAGCCGACGAUGGAGAAUUCUCUGAGCUCUACAUAUUCAAGUGGACGUCUCUCUUGGUCCCGCCCACAACUCUCCUGAUCAUGAACGUGAUAGGAGUCGUGGUCGGGAUCUCCGAUGCAAUCAACAACGGUUAUGACUCAUGGGGCCCUCUCUUCGGUCGGCUGUUCUUUGCCAUAUGGGUGAUUGUACAUCUCUACCCCUUCCUCAAGGGUCUUUUGGGGAAGCAGAACAAGAUGCCGACAAUUAUCCUGGUGUGGUCGAUUCUGUUGUCGUCGAUAUUGACCUUGUUGUGGGUCCGUGUCAACCCAUUCGUGAACCGGGAUGGACCCGUGUUGGAGGUUUGUGGGUUGAACUGCAACUGAUAGAGCUAAUGAAGAGACAAUUGGUGCCAUACAGAUGAAGGAGCUUAGUGGGUGAAAACUACUUGGCUUGAGCUGCAAGGUAGGGGGUGUGUUACAUAGUGUUGUGAAUCAAAAAUUUUGGCUGAGGAAGGAAAGGUGGGAGAAGAAGAACAAAGUUUGAGUCUUUUUUUAGUCUGUGGAGGUGUAGAUAUCUUGUGGAAGUUGGGAAGGAACAUUUGGGUUAAUUUUCCCUUUUGUUUUUCUCUUACUGUUUAGUUUUUACAUGGGAGGGAAGUUUUAUUUUUUACUCUUUUUUUGAAUUAAUUCUUUAAUUUAAUUGCUGGUGAGGUCUAGGAAGAGGGUCUUUUCACUUUUGUCAUAUGAUUAUAAGGGUUCUUGUUCAUUUGAUGAUUGGUUUCCUGUAUUCUUCAAGAUCAUAAGUUAAUUCCCCCUUUGGUCAGAAAUGUUUGUGGUGGGAAAGGGGGAAUUCCAGAAGUAUAAAGUGUCUGAAAAAAGCAGCAGCAAAAACAUUUCUUGUUCCUCCAGGUUUCUUUUGUAAUCUUAUUUUUAUGUUGGACAGCUGGAAAACAGUGUAAUGUACUCUUUCUUAUUCUACUAUAUCAAAUCUGAUUUGCAUAUUGCAGUUCUUAUUCUACUAUAUCAAACCUUGGUCUCCCCUGGUUAGGAAGGGGAUCCGGGAAACUAACCAUGAUAGAAGCUUUCAAUGUUCUGCAUCUUGUUCAGAGCUCGAGCUGUAAGUGAAGUGCAUUGUUAAGCGAUGGAGCUGCUAGUGGUCAGCUGCAGCAUCUAUGCCUCAAGUCAUGUUGGCCGAGGUAAGAUGCAGACCACUUAUGAGUCCUGCAGUUAGCUGCAUUGUCUAUGUCUUUGAUGGCCGAGUCAAGCUGCUUCAUGAGUAAGUUGCUCGCAUCGGCGAAACAUCGACCGAGCGAACUAUGAAAUCAGCAUUGCUCAAGGAGAAAAAGAGGGCUUUGUUCUGUUCACUGUGCUGUUUUCAGAACUUGGUUAGGAAAGUUUGGUCUGUUGGGUUUCUACGCUAUUUCAUAUGGUUGAGUAAGUUCAACAGAUGAAUCUUUUGAUUCCAUGGACUACAACACAGCAUAAGAGCAUCUAUGGAAGACAUUAUCCUUUUUUGCCUCCAUAUUUGGCAGUCACACUAGGAUCCUGUUAGAGUUGAGCUUUUGAUGCUCUCAUUAGGGUUGUUCUUGAGAGAGCCUUGUAUAGAACUCUUUCUCAUACUCUGUCAUCAAAUGAGAUGCUUGGUCUCUCAUUUUGACAAAUGAUAUACUAACGUAAAUUCACGUAAUAGACGUUAUUUCUAUAG